UUUAGGUGGAAUUCCGAGAAGCCACAGAACCGGUGGGUGCAGGCGCGCCACGGACAGCUCUAAUGCGAGGACCCCCCCGGCGGCCUUGCGGGGCGGGAGGCGCCAAAUUUUAAAGCCUGAAGGACCUGAAGGCAAGCUAGCUGCAAGAUGAGGCUUCCCUGCGAGGUUGAGGUCCGUAGCUGUCACUUGCCAACCUUGGGACUCAAGAGCCGAGGAAAGGGCGUGCGAGCGGUGGUGAGCCUGUGCCAGGCCCCGAGCAAGAAUGAGCUGCAGCCUGGAGCAAGGACAGAGACCAGCGGCUGCGCCUGCCUGCUAGUCUCCACCAUGAAGGACAGGCAAGGAACCCGCUACCGGGCCAAUCCUGGCAAUUUAAAGACAUUCCUUUCAGCUAUGAGACUGGCUCAUAGAGGCUCUGAUGUGAACACACCACUUUCAACACUAAAGCCAGUGAAGACUUCAGAAUUUGAAAAAUUUAAAACCAAAAUGAUUAUCACAUCCAAAAAGGAUUAUCCUCUAAGCAAGAACUUUCCAUAUUCUCUGGAACAUCUUCAGGCUUCUCACUGUAGGCUUGCCCGAGUUGAUAUGCGUAUGCUGUGCUUAAAAAGUCUUACGAAGUUAGACCUGAGUCACAACUGUAUAAAAAAACUUCCAGCUACAAUUGGAGACCUCACCCACCUUCAAGAGCUUAACCUUAGUGACAAUCAGCUGGAGUCGUUUAGUGUGCCCUUGUGUAAAUCCACACUUCAGAAGUCACUUCAGAGUUUGGAUCUCAGCAAGAACAAAAUCAAAGCACUCCCUGUGCAGUUUUGUCAAUUCCGGGAACUUACUAACUUAAACCUUAAUGAUAAUGAAUUGAUUCACCUUCCCUUCAAGAUAGGACGGUUAACAAACCUUCGUUUUCUAUCAGCAGCUCGAAACAAACUUAGAAAUCUACCUUGUGAAUUUAAAAUGUUAUCCCUGGAAUACUUGGACCUUUUUGGGAAUACUUUUGAAAAACCAGAAGUCCUUCCAAUCAUAAAUCUUCAAGUACCAUUAACUUUACUGGAAGCUUGUGAACAAGCCGUGCUAUCCUAUAGGAUACCAUAUGGCCCUGAUAUAAUUCCUUACCACCUUUGCCAAGAUUUGGAUACUGCCAAAACCUGUGUCUGUGGAAGAUUUUGUCUACAAUCUUUCAUUCAAGGAACGACUACAAUGAAUCUGCACUCUCUUGCCCACACUGUGGUCUUAAUAGAUACUAUGGGUAGAAUGGAAGCUCCUAUUAUCUCUUACUUUUGUUCUCUAACCUGUUUUGUAAAUUCCUCUGAUAUGUUAAAGUAAUUAGUGUGAUAAGAGAAAGGUUUCUAGAUGUAUAUCAAUUGAAUAUUUAUUUGUGCUUUAGCAAUAAUAAAUUUUAAAAAGGAAAGUUUUUUGUGUAUUUUCACAGUAAGAAAAUAUAUUAUGUUAGCAUUUUCAAUCAUUUGACUCUGGAAUUUUAAUUUAAUAAAAGGUGAAUUUAAUUUUA